GUCCGCAUCUCUGGGGGGCCGGGCGCCUCGAGCCGAAGCGGGGAUGGUGGCUCCGUUGCCAUAACGCACAGGUUCCAAGGUCCUCAACAGCUGACUUAACUGCUGGGUAAAAGGCAGAAGAAAGGGAUGUGCACCGGGAGCUAGGAGAGAUUCUGGAAUGGGACUCGACACUUGAUUUCUGUGUCUGCCACUGGCAUUUUACAAGAAGGGUGGACCUGGCCUUGCAGGUACCGGUCUGGACAAGAAAUUUUUAGGCAAGAUCUUAGAUAUCUGAUUAUGGCAAAUGUCUUCGUAACACCUGUCCAGUGCCUGGAGAAACCCACGCACUGGGAGAGACGUAAAAUGUGGCCUGGAUUCCCUGUUCCCCAGGCCCUGCCACCGGGCUCCAGGACCCCGCCCCCGCAAGUUUGCGCAAACUCAGUUGCUACCUCUCGAGCUCUCUUCCUCCUCCCUCCUCCAGCAGCUGUCAAAACCGGACGGGGGGGGACUUCCUGGAGGCUCCGGACGCAGCUCUGCGCAUGCUCGGCAUCAGCCUGGGUGGAGAAGACGCACGUGCUUACGGACUGCCGCGGCGCCUGCGCGGUAGCCGCCCGGAAUCGGUGCCCUCAGGACGCCUUUCGCACCUCGACUCGGUCUGUCCGCGCUGGCCGGUUUGGGUUCAGUGUCCUGUGCACACGCCUUGCAAGCGACGGCGCCAUGAGCCUGAAUUCCAACGUACGAGUUGAAUGGAUCGCAGCAGUUACCAUUGCUGCUGGGACAGCCGCAAUUGGUUAUCUAGCUUACAAAAAAUUUUAUGUUAAAGAUCAUCGCAACAAAACUAUGGUUAACCUACACAUUCAGAAAGAUGACCCCAAGGUCGUACAUGCUUUUGACAUGGAGGAUUUGGGAGAUAAAGCUGUGUACUGCCGUUGUUGGAGGUCCAAAAAGUUCCCGUUCUGCGAUGGAGCUCACACAAAACACAACGAAGAGACUGGAGAUAAUGUGGGACCUCUGAUCAUUAAGAGAAAAGAAACCUAGAUCGACAGUUUCCAUGCUGCAAACCAAGUCGUCCUGAUUGUUUAAUUAGAAUGACUACCACUUUAGUCUAAUUCACCUUCUCUGGGUUCUAGAUGUGGUAUAUUACAAACUGCAGCUUUCAUAUUCAUGUCAUUUGCCUUACUUGUUGAACCAUCGUGGUGCACAUUUGUUUAAACAAAGGAAAAAGUGAAACUGACCUCAUGGCCUGUGGGUUAUUUUGGUUUUGUAAGGAUCCGUUUGCAUUUAAUAUAAUCACAUUAGAAUGUAGUUGUAUGUUCAAGUUCACAUAUUAAAUUAUUCUCAAAAUCGUG